UGACAUUUCCAUGAAAGUCUCCAAGUCUCCAAAGGUGAUUGCCCCUGGGAUUUUCAUGAGAAUAUAGUUAAGAAAGUGGUUAAAACACAACCGGAAGUUAAGAAGAAAGUACCUAAAAUAUUGUAUUUUGACUAAUCUAUCUCAAGUUAUCAUCACAUGACAAAAUCAUUCAGGUUUUUACAGUUUUUCCAUGCAAAAAUAAUAAUAUGAGGUUAUGGUUCAUUUUUGUGAGGUUAAAUUGAUCAAUCUUAAAAACAUAGAAAACAUCCGGUUGAGAAAAAAGGGAACAAAUUUAAUAUUUCCCUAGCUUUUCUGGAAUUUUCACUUGCAAAAUUAGUAUAAUAAAUCCAUAAUAAAAGAUCACAAUGAGUCUCCGGACUUCAUUCCGGUUAGCGACAAUUAAUUUAGCUGGGAUUCGUCAUAUCCCGAAAAGAGAAAUAUCAUACAAUGAGAUCUCCCGACGUAGGAGUGAACUGUUUUCAGCAGAACAAAAGGCUCAGCAGGAGCAAAUUGGGCGAAUUGAGAGGAUUGAGGUUAGAUACUUGGGGCUUCCACAGGACACCACGCUAAUGAUGAACCGUAACAUGUCAACUCCCUACAAUUGUGCUCAACAUCUCAGCGAAUUCCAUUGCAAGAAAUCAGCACUGGCCCUAAUUGAUGGGAAUGUACCGUGGGACAUGCAUAGACCCCUUGCAGAUUCCUGCACCCUGCAACUCCUCACAUUCACCUCUCCUGAUCCCUAUGCUGUCAAUCGUGCAUUCUGGCGCACAUGCAGCUUCCUCCUGGGUGCUGUCCUCUCAAGCACAUUCAAGGACGAAGCCCGUGUGCAGCUCCACAGUUUCCCAUCACCAAAUGUCCGGUCCGGGAGUUUUAUCUACGACGUAGCUCUGGCUCAGCAGGACUGGGUGCCCACUCUGCAGGAACUGAAAACCCUCUCGGCCGAAAUGGUGAAGCUCGCAGCUCGAGAUCUUCCCAUUCAGCGCCUGGAAGUAGGUCAUGAACUUGCUCUGGACAUCUUCCGGGAAAACCCCUUCAAAACCCAACAGAUUCCCAGUAUCGCCAGCAAGAACGACGGUCGAGUGGUAAUCUAUCGUGUUGGGGAUCAUGUGGACAUCAGUCGAGGACCUAUGGUGACCUCAACUCGUCACCUGGGACGCUGUACUAUCGCUGCUGUUCAUCCCAUCGGGCGUCUCAGUGAUUCAGAUGCCCUCUAUCGCUUCCAGGGUGUUGCCCUGCCGCCUGACUUCAUAGUGAAUCACAUAGCCUACGGAAUAUUGGAGAACCGAGCCAGGAAACUCAAUCCAGCUCGUCUUCCCACUGAGACAGACGACAAUAUCGAAGCAAAAUUGGCUUGAAAAACUUGAGCAAAAAAAUAAAUAAAAGUGCAUUUUUAGAAGAAAA